GACUGGCGCCGUCUUCCUUCAGACCGCCGCCAGCACACCAGCGAGCACCACGCCGGGUGAUGGCACACCAUGGGGCCUCACGCCGGAAAUGAUUCGCCGGGGCAACGCCCGGAUGGAGGCAGAGUCCGGACGCCGGCAUCGAGCAGCACCACCAGGCGCCGAGCAGCGGCCGACCCGCCCAUCCUCGCCGCCCUCGAGAUCUACAGCCAACCUCGCCGCCUUCAUGCCGGGCUCCGUGGCGGCGACGUCUGUGAACACCGACGAGGUAUUGAAUGAGGCGGCGAUUCGCCUGGCGAUGUCUAACCAGAACAACGUCUUCCCGCCGAUCAGGGAGACACAGAACGCCGAGGAGGCACGCCGGGGCAGGGCCGAGCGCAGGGGAGGCGAGCGGCCGGCAACUGCCGAGGAUCCCCCUCCGCCGGUGCCGGUCCAGGACUACCCUCCACUGACGGCGAGUCCGGUGACAUGGGUGCCAGCGCCGCCGGUCAUGGGGCCACUGCCGCCAGAGGUGACGAUGCCGGCUCACACCGCAGGGCAGACAGCGCCGGGCCAGGCCACGAGUUCUACUACCACGCCGCCCAGGACUACCACACCAAGGCGCCGGUCGGUGGAUCGCAGGCGCACGCCGGACAGAGUGGCAUCUCUCUCGCCGGGCCCCACCCGCCGGUCUGGAACGGUGGGCAUCCGCUCCAAGCUGUCCGACGCGGAGGUGGCGGAGAUUCGCCGCAACUUGUCGCCGGACUAUGCCCGCUACAAGGACCGGAUGCACCGCCGCGGCGCGGCCGCCGAAGAUGACAUGCCGCAGUCCAUCCGCCACCUCGCCCGCCCGACGGUGGAGGAUGUGAUUCAGAUGGAGGAGUCGGCGGCCGCCGGGGACCAGUCCGCCGUGCCGAAGAUACCGCCGGCAUCAGCCCCCACCUUCUGCGGGUACUGGUUCUGCCGCCGUCUCCCUGAGGGGUAUCUUGGCGCCAGGAUUCCCUGGGAGGCGCAGAAAGAACGCCGCAGGGUCGCCGGAUGGUGCACACACCCUUGCACAGCGGAUGGCUGCCAGUAUGUCGCCGAGUGCCGCAAGCUCACCUCCGCCGGGGUCGGUCGAUGCCUGAGGCCCGUUAUCAUAGAUAACGGCGCCGUGGGAUUAGUCGCCGAGGCGGGGCGACGCACGCCGGAGCCGGCAGCAGCACAGAUCCAUGACGACAUCGCCGCGCUCCAGGCAGACGCCGACAAGGCACUUUUGCGACGCAGGUACCCGCGCCGACGACGCGACGCCCAGGCAGACAUGGCACUGGUGCCGGUGACGACGACGGGCGGCUCCACCUUUGGAGAUUUUCUCAAGGUUGUCGCCGACGCCGGUGGAACGGCGCAUCUCGCGACCUUCGCCCGCCUGGGGGUGACUAACUCGCCGGCGGUCCGGGAAUCUUUCCCGGUGCUGCUCGACCACGGCGUGCCCGAGACGGUGCUGCUGGCCAUCCUGGCGCCAGUGCCGCCGCAGCAGCCGACGCCGAUGCUGUCGCAGACUAGGUCUGACGUGCCAGAACGCCGGUCUUCUACCAGGGCGUCCAUGGCAGCGGCGCUCGAGGCGAUGGACCCGAGCCGCCGAGAGGAGACCAUGGCGGCGAUUGACUCCAACCUGCUGGCGCAGUCAACCCGCCGAUCCAUGGAGUCGAGAGUCCGGAUGGUGACCACACUCGCCGAGAAGGGGAUUCCAGCUGUUCCCCCUCGACGCGCAGAAGUUGAACACCGCCUGCGCUCGCCGGUGUCGGCUGACUUACGCCGCGCCGCUCGGUCGAUCACCAAGGCGGCCUUACGCGGCUUGCCGGGCUCCAGACUUAAGCAGGCCUUUGACCUCGCCGACCUGGCCACCCUCGUGGAGCACGACGUGGUUGACGGCUCUCUUGACAUGGACACCCUCCCCCACGCCGUCGACGUGGUGGUGUUCUCGACCUGGUUCAUGCUGCGCGAGAUAGAGAUCGCCGGGGCGAGGGUCAAGGACGUGGAGAUCACCACGGCGACGGUCUCCCUGGACAUACCACUCCACAAGACGGCGCAAGGCGGCCAGCUGGAGCUCACCCGCCGUUCCUUUCGGUGCGUGUGCAGCACGGCGCGGCAGCCGUUGUGCCCGCGGUGCACCGCCGAUCGACAUGUGCGCCGCCUGGCUCGGUCAGAACCGGGAGCAUACCUCUUUCCCGGCGCCGGCGGGCAGCAGAGAACCAAGUUGGAGACCGCCGGGCUUUUCAACAUGGUCCUGUCCGCCGCGGGUCUGCAGACGAUCUACACCGACAGCGCCGGACACAAGAGGUUUGUGUUCGGGGGACACGCCGCCAGGAUCGCCGGGGCGACAUUUUUGGCACUACGCGGCGUCCCCGUCGCGAUCAUUCAGCUGAUCGGGCGGUGGUCAAGCACCGCCGUUGAAAGAUAUACCCAACAGGCGCCGUUGGCGGUGGCGCCGGGCAUUCCGGCUCAGGCGCUCGCGGCGGGCGGCACACAGGCUAAUGCCGUACUGAGGCCCCCGCCGGCCGCCCUUGGGCAGGCACAUUGGGCCCAGGCGAUUUGUGACGCCCCGCCGGAAGCACAGCAGAACCAGACGGCCGGGACCGGUACCCUGGCAGCUGCGGGCGUGCCCGCCGUUGACUUCUCCGCCGAGCUGCCAGCUAUCGACUUUGUGCCCGCGCCGGUGUCGGCGGAGCGAGCCUUGAUACCGGCGGCGACGGCGACGCACUACAUUGUGAACUGUCGGACCCGCCUGCUGCACAAGCCCGCCGCGGAGGAGGCCGAGACAGAGCGCGCCGAGUGGCAGGCACGCUGCGGCUGGCCAUACGGCGUGCGCCAAUUCUACAGGUUGCACGACCUGCCGCCGAACCCCUCGAUGUGUCGCCGGUGCUUUCCCGACACGCCGGUGGACUUGGACGCACCGGAAGCCGUGUCGUCGUCCGGCAGCUCAUCCUCUACCAGUGGCGCCACCUCGGAUUCUGACUGA